GAAGCUCCUCCUGGUCAUGGAAGGCACAACAUUUAGGUUAAAGACAAUCCAUCUCCUUUGGCCAUCUCUGUCCACCGUGAUUGCCCCUGUGAAAGCCACUGUGCGAGAUAUGGGCCUGUCAUGCUACUUGCACCGAGAAACAACUGAAGGAACCAUCAUCAUCAUCAUCAUCAUCAGUUGCAGUGGGAAAACAAAGAACAUGAUGCAGCUUCCAAAAUGGGAUCAAUAUUGUGUACGGGGAAAACCAGUGUUCCACGCCCCAAAUCAAACUACACAGAAUGUUACUGCCUCACUGCAACAAAUCUCCCAUAAGAUUCAAGAAAGGAAGUAUGAAAUCUGCUACCAACUUCCUCGGAUCAACAGCUACCGCAGGCAACAGACGGACCGAGGAAGACGAGCACAACAGUAACAAUGGGUGCUCUCCCUCCGCCACUGCACCAACAGAAGGGAGUGCUGCAGCAGUCAUGGCACGAUGCUCUCCAAUUAUUGCUUAUAUCACCUGCAUCAUCGUCUCCUCCGUGAUGGCGAACGAGACGCCAAAUUGGACCGUGCACAAAUUGUAGCUAAGCGAAACGAUAAGAUAGACGCCAUCGCCCGCUUCCGGUGGGAAUCCAACUCCGUCCUCCCACGAAAUCCCUUUUUUAUAUAAACCAACCCAAAAACUUUGUACCUAAAAAAUAAAAUAAAAGGAAAAAGAAAAAAAAGAAAAGAAAAAUCGCCGGAUCGAAAAGAGAAGAGAAGGCUUCCCAGCGAGGGGGAGGGGGAGGGGGGGGAGGGAAAAAAAGAAAUAAAUUAAGAGCGAGAACUAAAAGAUGGAAGGGGAGAAAGUUGUAAUAUAUUGAGAUCUCUUCUUGGAUGGGUCGGAGUCCAUUCGAAGCUUAUGGGGAGCGGAGCUUCCAAUCUCGUUGAGAUCUAUCGGCCCCGUUCCUUGGAGCCCUAGCCAGAAUUGUCUGCGAUCGCGAGGGGAAAUUAGGGCUACGAGAUCGAUUGGGGCGGUUCUUGGGUCGGAGGCGGGGAAUUCUGGUUGCGAUCUCUGCGGGAUUUGGUGGUGGGACGAGGGUUUUCUCGGCGCUGGGGCGAUGAUCAUCAAGCGGAGCCAGCGGGUGCUGAUGCCGACCCUGAAGCGGUGCAAUGCCGAGGUCGCCGCCGGCGACGGCGACGGCGAGGGCGGCGGGAGGCGCCGGAAGAGACGGAGGGAGUCGUUCCCCCUCGAGGUGCUGGGGGACGUCGCCGCGGCGGGGUUCCCGUACGUGGCGCUUGGGCUUGGGCGUUGGCUGGGUGGGGAGGACGUAGCGGGCGGCGCCGCCGUGGCGUCUUCGUUGUGUAGCGAGGUCUCCUGCUGUUCCGGGGAGAUGGAUAGCGAGUCGCGGAACGGGAGGAGAAGGGAGAGAGAGCAGCCCCGUGAGGCGCCGCCGCCGUCGGAAUCACGGCCGCCGGUGGUUCGUACGUCGAGAGGCCGCGCGCAGGUGCUGCCUGCCAGGUUCAAUGAUUCCGUCCUGAUAGACCCGUGGAAGAAGGAGAAGCCUAAGCCGAAAGCUUUGGAGUCUGAUUCUGAGGUGAAGGAACCAAUGGGGCCUCAAAAAGAGAAUUGUCGCAAUAAGCAUUCUAGAUUUAGUUCAGUCAUUCCCAAUCCAGUUGCAUUGUUCGACGAAGAAGAAAGAUACCGGGCAUGCAGAAAUAUUAGCUCCAAGAAGUAUUCGCUGUCACGAAGCACUUUGACAUCUCUGCAUGAGAGUUUGGAGGCAAGGGAGAAGAGAUUGCCCCUGGCGCCCACUGUAGAGGACCCCCUUGGUUAUCUUUAUGAUCGGAUGUCAGUAAAAGAAAAGUUGCACAAGAAAACUUCUGAACAGAGGAAGGAUUACUGUCAUCUUGGGGGGUUUGCUUUUGGUGAUAUUGUUUGGGCUAAGCCAGGAAAGAACUAUCCAGUUUGGCCUGCAAUGGUAAUCGAUCCAAUGCAGCAAGCUCCGGAACACGUUGUCGACUCCUGCAUCUCUGGAGCUGUCUGUGUGAUGUUCUUUGGUUACUUUGGAAGUGGGAAUGAUACGGAAUAUGCAUGGGUGAAUCAGGGGAGGGUUUAUCCUUUUAUUGACCACAUAGAUAGGUUUCAGGGGCAGACAGAGUUGUAUAGGUGCAAGCCUAGCGAUCUGCGGACAGCCAUAGAGGAGGCCUUCCUAGCGGAUCAUGGCUUCUUAGGGGUGCAGGUUGAUGGUAUGAGUUCAAGUGGGGAACCUGCAUACCUUAGUAAGAUCAAGGAAGCAACUGGUUCAAACCAUGAUCAAGAGUGUCAAUCAGAGAUCAAGCCUUUCAGAUCAAAACAAUAUUGUCAAAUAUGCAAGAAGAUUUGGCAUCAUAAAGAUGAGAAGAGAUGGAGCUCUGAUUAUUUUUGUCCAAAGUGCAAGUCAAAGCUGAACUUUGAGUUAUCAGAUACCGAGAAGAAUCACUCACAAGUUAGACGCGAUCAUAACAGUGGGAAAGAUACAAAACUAGUUUUUGAUAAUGUGACAGUUUGGUGUUUUGGCAUGGAGGGGAUAUACUUACCGGAGCAGCAUGUGGUUUCAUGUCGCUGUAGCUCUUGCAAAGGGAAAAAGUUCAUGCUUACUGAAUGGGAGCGACAUACUGGCUCCAAAACUAAAAAUUGGAGGUCCAGCGUCAAAGUCAGAAGUACAAAUAUGGCAUUGGGAAAAUGGCUAGAUCAUUAUAAUUCUAAUAUGGUUUCCAUGAACCAUGCUAAACGGCCAUCUGCAAAAGUAAGGAAACAAAAGCUACUUGCUUUCCUGCAAGAAGCAUAUGACCCAGUUUAUGCAAAGUGGACAACAGAACGAUGUGCAAUCUGCAGAUGGGUUGAAGAUUGGGAUUAUAACAAAAUAAUUAUCUGUAACAGAUGCCAAAUAGCAGUUCACCAGGAAUGCUAUGGAGUGAGAGCGAAGCAGGACUUUACAUCCUGGAUUUGCCGAGCAUGUGAAACACCUCAACAAAAGAGGGAAUGCUGCCUUUGUCCUGUAAAAGGUGGUGCGCUCAAGCCAACAGAUGUUGAGACGCUAUGGGUCCAUGUCACUUGUGCUUGGUUUCAUCCUCAAGUCUCUUUUGCCAAUGAUGAAACAAUGGAGCCUGCUGUUGGCAUAUUGGACAUACCAUCAGAGUCUUUUGUGAAGGUCUGCGUUAUAUGUCGUCAGAUGCAUGGUUCUUGUACACAAUGUUACAAGUGUUCCACCUAUUACCAUGCUAUGUGUGCAUCAAGAGGAGGAUAUCGGAUGGAGUUACACUGCUUGGAAAAAAACGGAAAGCAGAUAACAAAGAAGGUCUCAUACUGUGCUCAUCACCGUGCUCCGAACCCAGAUACUGUCUUGAUUAUACAUACUCCUGAAGGAGUCUUUUCUUCCAAAAAGUUGCUACAAAACAAUGAAAAACAGACUGGUUCAAGGCUAAUUAGGAAAGGCAUUCUUCAUGAUUCAGAUUUCUCUAUUCAGAAUUCUGAAACUCCAUCUGCUGCAAGGUGUCGAAUAUAUAGGAGGAUGGCAACCAAGAGGAAACAAGAAGAGGCUAUUGCUCACAGAUUGAUGGGGCCUUCUCAUCAUUCUCUGGAUGUGGUUCAAAGUUUGAAUGCACCAAGGGAAGAGAAGGAUCCAGAGUUGUUCUCUACAUUCAGGGAACGGCUUUACCAUUUGCAGUCAACAGAAAAAAGUAGAGUUUGUUUUGGUAGAUCUGGAAUACAUGGAUGGGGUCUCUUUGCUCUCAGGAACAUUCAAGAAGGAGAAAUGGUUAUUGAAUACCGUGGUGAGCAGGUCCGACGUAGUGUUGCAGAUCUAAGGGAAGCACGCUAUCGAUUGGAAGGGAAGGGUUGUUAUCUUUUUAAGAUCAGCGAAGAAGUAGUGGUUGAUGCAACAGACAAAGGAAACAUAGCACGUUUGAUAAACCAUUCAUGCAUGCCCAAUUGCUAUGCUAGGAUCAUGAGUGUCGGCAAUGAUGAAAGCCGGAUUGUUUUGAUAGCUAAGACAAAUGUUUCUGCUGGUGAAGAACUAACAUACGACUAUUUAUUUGACCCUGACGAAGGCGAUGAAUGCAAGGUUCCCUGCCUCUGCAAAGCUCCCAACUGCAGGAAGUUCAUGAACUAGAUAUCUGUAUAUCUCCACACCAAUUCUUUUGCAAAUAGUCUCUCUUUUUGUGUUUCCCCCCUCUAUUUUAACCUCCCCUGUCAUGGUCAAAUCCAUCACUUGGUAUUCAAAUUUUCCUUUUCUUUUCUUUUUUUCUUCCAAACAAGUGGAUGUCAAGGGUCAAAAAUCACGAGACUCACAUUCUUUGUAAAAAUAACUUUGAUGUAGCAGCUGCAUGUCAAUUAAUGUGGCAUUUCCUUUCAGAA